GGUCUUCGUUCUUCACGUUUCAAUGGCUUUAUGCAUUGGAGAACUCUCUUCUUGCUCAUCUUUUCGAUGAAGUAUCUUAGCAUUUUGAUUUCGCCUUUCAAUGCCGGACUUUGGGUGCGUGGCGAUGAUUCCUAGUGGACGAUUCCUAGAAACCCUAACAUCGGAAGUAGUGGCGUUAGGCGUAGCGUAGCUAGGAAUUUUGGUCUGAGGGGCACUAACUAAAAAAGCUUCAGAUCUUAAGGGGCACCACUAUAUGUAAAUGAGCUAACUUUUUAUGCCACCAAUAUGAAAAUAAUGUCUUUUUGUGAGGCUGGUGUGGACAACAGCCCACACCUGCCUAUAUGUGGCUCCGCCACUUAUCCGAAGGGCCGUUAAGGAAGCUGUACGUGUGCCUCUUUGUUUUCAUGGUUCGUGGAGCCGAGGAAUGAAGGUCAUAUGUAGUUGCGCUACGACGGUCUUCGGUGGGAAUGCUGUUCGUUGGCACACCCCUCAGAGAUGGGGUACAUUGAACCGACUUCUUUCCAGAUGGACAUUUCGAGGUUGCUGAUGGACUCUGAAGAUGUUUACUUUGAUUUUCAAACUCUCAACCUUCCUACUAAGAGUGCUUUAUAUGUUUGGGGAUACAACCAAUCUGGCCAGACUGGUAGGAAGGGUCAAGAAUGCCACCUGAGGAUUCCAAAGAAGCUCUCUCCUAAAUUAUUCAAAUGCAAUGGAGGCCCAACAGCACGCUGGCUAGAUGUUGCUUGUGGUCGUGGACAUACUGCUGCUGUGGCUUCAGAUGGGUCGUUGUUCACUUGGGGAUCAAAUGACUUUGGCCAGCUUGGAGAUGGGACCGAGGAAAGAAGCGAUCGUCCAAAAAGGGUGAAGCUUUUGCAGACAGAAAUUGUUAAGUCUGUCUCAUGUGGGGCCCAUUGUACAGCUGCAAUUGCUGAACCUCGUGAAAAUGAUGGGACACAACCUAAAGGGAAGUUGUGGGUUUGGGGACAAAAUCAGGGAUCAAAUUAUCCACGCUUGUAUUGGGGAGCUUUUACUCCAACUACUGCUGUGCGCCAAGUUUCUUGUGGAGCAGUUCAUGCGGUGGCUCUGUCAGAAGAUGGCUUGCUGCAGGCAUGGGGCUACAAUGAGUAUGGACAGCUUGGCAGAGGUUUUACUUGUGAAGGAUUGCAGGGGGCUCGGGUUGUAAAUGCUUUCCUGAGGUUUCUUGAUGAGGCCCCUGAAUUUGUGAAGAUUAUCCAUGUAUCAUGUGGGGAAUAUCAUACAGCUGCUAUAUCAGAGGACGGUGAGGUAUAUACAUGGGGUCUUGGUAAUGCGGGACAGCUUGGACACUGUUCUUUGCAGUAUGGGGAUAAAGAACUGCUACCUCGAAGAGUAGUUUCCCUUGAAAGGAUUGUGGUGAAGGAUGUAGCAUGUGGGGGUGUACAUACUUGUGCUUUGACGGAGAAAGGAGCUCUAUAUGCCUGGGGUGGUGGUCGGGAAGGUCAACUAGGACUUGGUCCUCAGAAUGGAUUCUUUUCUUGUCUUCCAAAUGAGACAGAGGCAUAUCUACGCAAUAUUCCAGUUCUGGUAGUGCCAUCAGGCGUGCAGCUUGUUACAUGUGGGCAUUCACAUACAUUGGUUGCCAUGAAAGAUGGGAGUAUUCAUGGAUGGGGCUAUAAUAGCUACGGUCAAGCGGCAAACAAAAAAUCAACAUAUGCUUGGCACCCAUCGCCUGUAGAUUGGUGUGUUGGAGUAGUGCGGAAACUGGCAGCUGGUGGUGGUCAUUCAGCUGUGUUAACUGAUGCAUAUUCUUUGAAAGAGCUUUGUGAAUUCAAGCUUGCAGAUAGUGUUACUUUGUCAAAUGCAAAUGAGAUUGAGGAUGUUGCUUCUAGAACUGGCUCGGAUGCUUUGGCACGCCUUUGUGAACGAUUGAGGGAACAUUUGCUUAGCAACAAAACAUGUAAUUGUGAAGAGGAGGAUGCUGGUUAAAAUGUACAGAAGCCUUCUAUUGAAUUAUUUUAUAUCGUGUAAAUGCUGAUAUAUUUGUUGUAGCAUCUUCCUACAUUAACUUAGAACUAUGUUUUCAAACUGAAGGUUAACUAAAGUUCACCAUGUAGUGCAGACAACGUGAUUCUCGUGGAAGCCUGAAAAAUUGCUUCAGAUUAAAGUAAUAAAAUGGUCAUGUCUGUAA